AUGCAUUUUCACGAGUUGAUUGUCGUUUAUCUGUUUCAUUAUGUGCAUUGUUUUAGUAGAAAUGCAAAUUAUCUGAAGCCAAUAAAUGCCGCGUCACCACCUGAUUAUUUUGAUUGGAGGGAUUUAAACGCCGUGUCUCCCGUAAAAAAUCAGGGGAGCUGUGCAGCAUGUUGGGCAUUCAGUGCCGUCGCGAAUAUUGAGAGUCACAUCAAAAUACACCUCGGACAGAGCCUGGUGUUAUCCGAGCAGUUUUUAAUUGACUGUAGUGUAGAGAGAACGGGAUGCAAGAACAGUACUGUCUUGAAAACAUUCGCUGAAAUCGUUUAUCAAUUUCAUGGAGUUCUACAAGAAUCAGACUACUAUCCUUAUUCAGAUCGAGCUGAAGAAUGCAGAUGGAAUGGAAUAAAUCCAAAACCAGUCCCAGUUAUAGGUUUCCGAAGAGUGUUCCCUGACGAAGCAGUCAUGAUGAAAUAUUUGUACCAAUAUGGACCGCUUUCAGCAGCAAUUAAUUCAGCAUCAAUGCUCAACUACAAACCUAACACGAUCGACGAGCCAACUGAAGAACGCUGCUCCUCAUCACCUGAUGCCCUCAAUCAUGCUGUUUUGAUUGUUGGAUAUAAUACUUAUGUGAGUGCAGAAGGCCGGAAAACUCCCUUCUGGAUUAUCAAGAACUCAUGGGGAAGGGAAUGGGGAGACGGAGGGUAUUACUACCUUGUGCGUGGGCGAAACGCUUGUGGUAUUUCUAACGACGUGUCAUUUAGUUUCGUUGAUUGAAGAUAUUGUUAAACAGUAACGUAAUUUGGCAAAGUUUUUAUUAAAUUAAAAUGCAAUGAA